UCAAGUAAGUAUAGACUCACAUAUCAUUCAAACUACAUACGAAUUAUUGCUUUAAAUUUUGCUAGUAAUUGGUCUUAAAUUUACAAUAAUGAAUAAAGAAGCAACGAAAAGGCGGCGCCAGAGGUGCACCGAAUCACUCAAGGAUAUAUUGUCAAAUCUGCGCAUUCGUAACAGAAAGGCCUGGUUCAAUUAUGUAGACAAGACUAAAUCGCCACAUAUAAGAAAUUUGUUGGCCAAAGAAUCGUAUAAAAAAUUAAAAAAUGCUUCCAAAACUUCAGGUAAGGAAAAAAGAAAGAUUGAAAAAUUGCAACGUUCUUUAAAAAAAAUGAUGAAGCAAGAGUUACAAAAACAGGUGAUUUACCUAAAGAAUAUUUGGGUGUCCUUAGCACAUGUCCUUGCACUACUUUUCGAUCAAGGACCUAUUGAGCAAAUCAGCAGCCUGGUAUUCACUAUAUUCACUAUAACUAAAUCUUUGGUAGUUGGCAUUAAGUAUAAAACCAAAAUGGAAGAUUUCGCCGAGCAUCACAGCGAAUGAAGGCUAAUCUGCACAUUCUAUUCGAAAUCAGAAGUUUAUAUAUAUAUUUGUUUGUAUUUUGUCGUAAUAGCUUGCUAUGUUUAUUAUACAAAGAAUAAAAUAUUAAU